GGGCCAUUAAGCUCAAUGAGUACAAUAUGAGGUUUGAGCAUUGAGUAGUGAUCAUGGGUCUAGCUCUAGCAGAUUUCAUGAUUGAGUGUGUACCCACUGCUCUCGAAGAGGCAAUCUCCCCUUGCCCCCUUUGGCCUCUCUAUGUGGAUGGAGCUUCCAAUCUCGAAGGUUCAGGGGUUGGAGCCAUUUUAAUGGGACCUGAUGGUUAUAGAAGCGAGCAUGCAUUAUGUUUCCCAUUCCCUACAACCAAUAAUACCAUUGAAUAUAAAGCUCUAAUCUUCAGAUUAAAGCUGGCUGUAAAUCUGAAGGUCGAUAAAAUCCCCAAGGAUGAUAAUAGACGAGCGGACGAGCUAUCAAAGCUAGCUUCUACCAAAGAGAUGCCCUCGCAUAUAACAACCUAUGUUGAGGCUCUUGAGACCCCUAAGUACAUUAACUUUGACGGUUUUGGAUGUGCAAGGUUGAGCAUCAACCCAUCCUUCCUGAGCUGCUAUACCCUUCACUGAAUUUUUAUAGUUCGGGAAGCUUCUUGAUGAUAAGUUUAAGGCUCAGCUAAUAAGACGAAAAGCUACUCACUUUUGCCUACUUGAGGGCCAGUUAUACAAAAGGGCAGUAUCAAUGCCCCUACUAAAAUGCCAUAUUCCUU